AUGGAUCGCAUCUUCCGCAAGGUGGAGCGGGGCGUCGAAGCCCUCUUUGGGGAAGAGAGGCACGCGCACACUCACUCCGGUCACUCCUGCGAGGAGCAUCAUUCCGAUGCCCACACUGGAAACCGAUUCCAGUCCUUUGCUGCGCAGACCACCGGCAACGCCAAGUGGUAUGUCGACGGAUGCUCUUAUUUCUGGGCCGUUUCCGAGGCCAUUGAGCAGGCCCGCGAGAGCAUCUACAUUCUGGAUUGGUGGUUGAGCCCGGAGCUCUACCUGCGCCGGCCCCCUUCUGCCAAUGAACGAUACCGUCUCGACAACCUGCUCAAGGCUGCUGCUGAGCGAGGUGUCAAGGUCAACAUCAUUGUCUACAAGGAAGUCGAGGCUGCACUGACCUUGAAGUCAUCUCACACAAGGACCUACCUGGAAAGCCUUCAUCCCAACAUCGGCGUGUUUCGACACCCUGACCAUGUUCCCACUGGAUACGACCUCAACAGCGAGAUUGGCGAGAACUUCUCAAACCUCUCCUUGAGCACGUUCAAGCUAUCCACUUUCUCUGGUGAUGCCCUGAAGACCAUCUACGGUACCGCCACCGACGGCGUCGUCCUAUUCUGGGCCCACCACGAGAAGCUCUGCCUCAUCGAUAACAAAAUCGCUUUCAUGGGAGGUUUGGAUAUGUGCUUCGGCAGAUGGGAUACCAACAGUCAUCCCAUUGCGGACGCUCAUCCCGGCAACUUGGAUGCCAUCGUCUUCCCUGGCCAAGAUUACAACAACGCGCGUGUCUAUGACUUUGCCGACGUUGAUAACUGGGAGCAGAACAAGCUCGACCGCACCAAGAGUUCACGAAUGGGCUGGUCUGAUGUUGCCAUCAGCUUGAGUGGUCCCAUCGUUCAAAGCUUGUCGGAACACUUUGUCGACAGAUGGAACUUCAUCUUUGAUGACAAGUACACCAAGAAGAACCCUGGGAAGUAUGGCAGAAUCGACGGCUUCAGCCAGGAGUCGGGAAGAAUUGCCGAGGACGGCCAGGGCGGUGGUUUCUUCGGCGGCGCUGGUCACCAGGCAGGCCAUCUUUUCGGUGAUCUCGGAGACCGCAUCAACCGAGGCAUGAGCCAUUUGAUGGUCAGCGACGACCAGCCCGAGAAUGAUGGCAGACCUCUGCGUCAAGACCGGGGUGAUCAGUCAGCCAAUAUUCAGCUCACUCGCAGCUGUACCAAGUGGUCUUCCGGUCAUCCCACCGAGCACUCCAUCGCCAAUGCCUAUAUUGACGCCAUCACCAGGGCUCAACAUUUUGUCUACAUGGAGAAUCAGUUCUUCAUCACUGCCACUAGCGACAAGCAGCACCCCGUCACCAACAAGAUCGGCCGCGCCAUCGUCGACCGUAUCCUCCGCGCCCACCGAAACGGCGAGGAGUUCAAGGUCAUUGUCAACAUGCCCGCCGUUCCCGCCUUCGCCGGCGAUCUCAAGGCGGACGACGCACUGGGCACCCGCGCCAUCAUGGAGUUCCAAUACAACUCCAUCAGCCGCGGCGGACACAGUAUCAUGGAAUCCCUUCGCAACGAGGGCGGUAUUGACGACCCUGGCCGGUAUAUCCGCUUCUACAACCUCCGCAACUACGACCGCAUCAACGUGUCCUCCGAUAUGUCCCGCGCUGAGCGCGAGAGCGGGGUGUCGUACGAGGACGCCCGCCGUGAGCAUGACGAUGCCGUCGGUGCUGGCUACGAGCCCCGUGGCGAAGGCACCGGUGCCAGCUGGGGCGGGCGCAACACCCAGUACGACCGCUACCAGCAGGCCGCCUCCCGCGUCGGCGACCACACCUGGGACACCGUCUCGUCCUGCUACAUGGACGCCGGUCCGGAUCUGCACAGCGUUCCCUGGCAGGGCGAGCCGGAAGCCGAGAUGGACGCCUUCGUCAGCGAGGAGCUCUACAUCCACUCCAAGCUCCUUAUCGCCGACGACAACCUCGUCAUCGUCGGCUCCGCCAACCUCAACGAUCGCUCUCAGCUCGGCACACACGACUCCGAGAUCGCCGUCAUCAUCGAGGACCCCACACCCGUCGAGUCCGAGAUGGCCGGCCGUCCCUACACAGCUUCCAAGUUCGCCGCAUCCCUCCGCCGCCAGAUCUUCCGCAAGCACCUCGGUCUGCUGCCCGACCAGCGCUGGGACCGGCCCGACGAUAACUGGACGUCCGUCGAGCGCGGCCCGAACGUGUACGACUGGGGCUCCCCCGCCGACCGCCUGGUGCAGGACCCCAUGUCGCGCGAGUUCUGGAACCUGUGGGAGGGCACGGCGCGCACAAACACCGAGGUCUUUUCCAAGGUCUUCCAUAACGUGCCCAACGACCAUGUGCGGACCUGGAAGGACUACGACGAGUUCUUCUCCCGGCACUUCAUCAUCCCCGGGGCCAAAAAGGAGGGCGAGGGCGAGGGCGAGGGCGACAACGCUGGCAAGGUCGAGUACGGCCACGUCGUCAAGGAAGAGUUCCCCGGCGGUGUUCGGGAAGUCAAGGACUGGCUCAACCGUGUGCGCGGCAACAUUGUCGAGAUGCCUCUUGACUUCCUCGUGGACGUGGAUGACAUUGCCAAGGAGGGUCUGUCUCUGAACAGCUUCACUGAUGAGCUCUACACAUAA